AUGGAUUGGAAGAAGACAAUUAAAAGUCAUGCAGGAGAGAAACUCCAUGAAUGUAACAAAUUUGGGAAAGACUUUUCCUGGAGCACAAAACUUAUCAAACAUCAGAGAAUUCAUACCGUAUAUGAGAAAGCCUUUGUUCACAACUCAUAUCUCCUGUCCCACAAGACAAUUCGUGCUGGAGAGAAACCUUAUGAAUUGAGCGCGUCCUUUCUCAUUCUGCUGGUCAAGAUGCCAAAAGGGAAGAAGGCCAAGGAAAAGAAGAUGGCUCUGGCCCCUACUGUGGUAAAGAAGCAGGAGGCCAAGAAAGUGGUCAAUCCUUUCUUUGAGAAGCAGCCCGAGAACUUUGGCAUUGGUCAGAACAUCCAGCACAAAAGGGACCUUACUCGAUUUGUCAAAUGGUCUCAAAUUCAUACUGGAGAGAAAUCUUAUAAAUGUAAUGGUUGUGGUAAGACCUUUCAGCAGAGCUCAUCCCUUGUCUUUUAUAAGAUGAUUCAUACUGAAGAGAAACCUUAUGAAUGCAAUGAAUGCAGAAAGGUUUUCACUCAUAACUCAUCCCUCAUUUCCCAUCCAAGAACUCAUGUUGGAGAAAAACCAUAUGAAUGUAAUGAAUGUGGGAAAGCUUUUACCCUUACUUUGUCCCUUACUUGCCACAAAAAGGCAGCCCCCACCUCUCUCCAGCUGCUCCUGUUCCAGUUUGUGGUGUUCUUAGCCCAGCAUCCCAAAUCUUCAGGUGCGGAAGCCCGUCCUCUGUCCAGGCCAGCUCAGCACUGGAGCUGCAAGACCACAGGACUCCAUACAGGAGAGAAACCCUAUCAGUGUACUGAAUGUGGAAAAUGUUUUUCUCAGCUGUCACAUCUUCAUGACCAUCAGAGAGUCCACACAGGAGAGAAACCCUAUCAAUGUGAAGAGUGUGGGAAAACAUUCAGGGUCAGCUCUACCUUUCAUGUACAUCAGAGAAUCCACACAGGAGAGAAACCCUAUCAAUGUAAUGCAUGUGGAAAAUGUUUUUGUCAACUAUCACAACUAAAAGUUCAUCAGAGAGUCCACACAAGUGAGAAACCUUUUGAAUGCAAAGAGUGUGGGAAAAGAUUCAAGAAUGAUUCAAGUCUUCAUGCUCAUCAGAGAGUCCACACAGGUGAGGAACCUUAUCAAUGCAAAGAGUGUGGGAAAAGAUUCAGAAACAACUCAAGCAUUCAUGCCCAUAGGAAAGUCCACACAGGAGAGAAACCUUUUCAAUGCAAAGAGUGUGGGAAAAGAUUUGUAAACAACUCAAACUUAAAGGUUCAUCAGAGAGUUCACACAGGAGAGAAACCUUUUCAAUGCAAAAAAUGUGGGAAAAGUUUCAGGUUCAACUCCAGUUUUCAUACCCAUCAGAAAGUCCACACAGGAGAGAAACCUUAUCAGUGCAAAGAGUGUGGGAAAAGUUUCAGGUUCAACUCCAGCUUUCAUACCCAUCAGAAACUCCAUGCAGGAGAGAAACCCUAUCAAUGCAAAGAGUGUAACAAAAGAUUCAGGGAUAACUCAAGUUUGCAGGUUCAUCAGAGAGUCCACACAGGAGCAAAACCUUAUCAUUGUAAAGACUGUGACAAAAGAUUCAGUACCAAGUCAAGCCUUCUUGUCCAUCAGAGAGUCCACACAAGAGAAAAACCCCAUCAAUGUGUCACAUGUGGGAAAUAUUUUGGUCAACUGUCACAUCUUCAUACUCAUCAGAGAAUCCACACAGGAGAAAAACCCUAUCAAUGCAAAGUGUGUGACAAAAGGUUCAAUUCCAAAUUUAGUUUACGUAUUCAUGACAGACUACAUACAGGAGAGAAACCCUAUCAGUGUACUGAAUGUGGAAAAUGUUUUUCUCGGCUGUCACAUCUUCAUGACCAUCAGAGAGUCCACACAGGAGAGAAACCCUAUCAAUGUGAAGAAUGUGGGAAAACAUUCAGUGUGAGCUCUACCUUUCAUGUUCAUCAGAGAGUCCACACAAGUGAGAAACCUUUUGAAUGCAAAGAGUGUGGGAAAAGAUUCAAGAAUGAUUCAAGUCUUCAUGCUCAUCAGAGAGUCCACACAGGUGAGGAACCUUAUCAAUGCAAAGAGUGUGGGAAAAGAUUCAGAAACAACUCAAGCUUUCAUGCCCAUAGGAAAGUCCACACAGGAGAGAAACCUUUUCAGUGCAAAGAGUGUGGGAAAAGAUUUGCAAACAAUUCAAACCUAAAGGCUCAUCAGAGAGUCCACACAGGAGAAAAACCUUUUCAAUGCAAAGAAUGUGGGAAAAGACUCAAGAAUGACUCAAGUCUUCAUGCUCAUCAGAGAGUCCACACAGGAGAGAAACCUUAUCAAUGCAAAGAGUGUGGGAAAAGUUUCAGGUUCGACUCCAGCUUUCGCACCCAUCAGAAAGUCCACACAGGAGAGAAACUCUAUCAAUGCAAAGAGUGCAACAAAAGAUUCGGGAAUAACUCAAGUUUGCAGGUUCAUCAGAGAGUCCACACAGGAGAGAAACCCUAUCACUGCAAAGACUGUGAUAAAAGAUUCAGUACCAAGUCAAACCUUCAUGUCCAUCAGAGAGUCCACACAGGAGAGAAACCCUAUCAAUGUGAUGCAUGUAAGAAAUGUUUUUCUCAGCAGUCACAUCUUCAUGCUCAUCAAAGACUCCACAUAGGAAAGAGAAACCUAUAA